GUGUGUGUGUGUGUGUGUGUGUAUAGCUGCUGUCUCGUGUACAGUAUCGUGGACUGUUGCUGAGGUGUGUACCAGCAACACGGGCGAGACGAGACCGCACACACACACACACACACACACAGAGCAAGGUAGGUCUGGCUACACAGACUCUCUCCCAUUUUACAUAUUGUUCAUUGGUUUGCUCUUUGCUACUCUGUCGUCAUCUCCCGAGCCGACCUCAGCCGCACAGACAUCCUGUCUAAUCUACAGCCUGCUAGCUGGGAAACCUGUUAGCCUGCUAGCCGACUGAGCUGAAUAACACUGCUAGCUUGCUAACGCCCUUUUUGUGGCAGUGUGAGCGUGGUGCGAGUAGACCAAAGGUGAAGCCAGCAUGAGCAUGAAGAUGAAAGAUGACGGACUUGUAACGACUAUGGGCAAAUCUAAAACAAAGAGAAUAGAGAAGUCCAAACCGGAUUCUGAAAGGGAUUCUGGCUUCUCAGAUGCUAGUUCUGAGCAUCUGAGUGUAGUUGACCAGACAGACACAGAGGAUGCGGCGCGACCGGUGAUGCAAGCAGCGUCAGGUUCCAGGUCCCAAACUUCUCAGCUGGCUGUCAUUGGAGGAUCGUUCCAAAGUUUGUCACCCAUGAUCAUCAUGAAUAAUGUUCUUCUCAAACAGCCUGGUGAUAACUCCCCCUCUGUAAAGCCAUGGGGCUUCAGUCCAGCUGUUGAGGUUGUACAGCAACCCCAAGUAGUCUUCCUCCAACCGGUAAUCUCACAGAGAACUACUACAGAGCCAAAAGGACCGCCCAGUAAGCGUCGUAAGCACAAGAAGUACCUCCCCAUCCUGAAAUCCUAUCCCAAAAUUGCCCCCCACCCAGGGGACAUCCCACGUAGUAGCUGCAGUAGUAGCAGCAGCUCCACUGUCACUGCAUCAGUGACGAGUUCCAGUUCGUCUUCCAGCUGUUGGGAUCUUCCUGAUGGAGACAGGCAGCAAGCUGUACAGACUAGUUCCUCUUCUGGCUCCUUCACUCCGAACCACAUUACACCAGCCAGGCAUCAUCCAGCAUCACCUCCGCCUCAUACUCCGCUUACUGAUUCUAACACUGGCAGUUGUCCUGGUGUGGAAAAGCCCACUGCUGGAAGGCUGGAGCCCACGACAGAACCCACAGAAAUGCACGCUAAGACAUUACAGACCCAACCACAGGCUGCCUUUAAAGAUGGCAUCUGCCAGAACAGGGACUCUGACAGCAACGACAAGAGGAAGCGUUUCUGCAACACCUACAAUAUUCUUAGUAAAUCAGGCCUGCUGGACAUUACACUGCGCACUAAAGAGUUGAUACGACAGAAUCGGCGCACUCAGGUUGAGCUGGAUCAACUCCGUGAGCACACAAACCUCUUUAUGGAGGCCCUCCAGACAGGAGACUUGUGUAUCUGGAGCAAACUACAGAUGAUUAUGCAGGAAGAAAGUGAGAAGGAGAAAACUGUGAAUACUGGAUCAGAGACACGAAUGGAUCAUUUGAAGUAGGACACUUGAACCAGAAAAGAACCUUUUUGAAAAAGGUUGUGUAAAUGUUACUAGUCCUUGAUCCUUCUAAGUUUGAGAACUUCCAACACCUGAAAUAUUGUGGAUAACAAAGAACAAUACAUUAAACUAUUCGUAGUGGUGAUCUUUGUGGCACCUUUGCUUCAGGCAAAUGAGAGAACAGGUAGAGCAGGUAGCUCUCGGCUCCAUGGUCUCCGGUUCAAUCCUGAGUUCCGGUUACUGUCUGUGUGGAGUUUCACACUGUUCUGCCCACAUCUGUGAGGGUUUCCACUGAGUUCUCCAGUGUCUUCCCACCUCCCAAAAACAUGCCGGUAGGUGGAUUGGCCACUUUAAAUUGCCCCUAAAUGUGAAUUAUGUGCAAUUCGAUGGCAUCCCAUCCAGGCGUUAUUCCCGCCUCACUCCAAGUGUUCCGGGGGUAGACUCUGGAACCAGGAUAGAGCAGUUACUGUAGAUAAAUGAGAACUUUGGUUCACUUAUAAUGAAAUACAGUUCUAUAGAACCACGACCAUAGUAGGAAAGUUGUAAGAUGAACAGACAUGUCAAACCUUGGUAAAGAUUGUCUGCUCUAAUGAAAAAUAAUCUUCAUAAAGCAAUUGUGAUGGCUUAGAUUUUUUGGCUCAUUAAUAAAGCUAGAUUGUGAGGUUAACAUAGUAUUAGCAACAUUAUGAAUAUGCUUACGGCCCGAUGAAUAGCAUGUUUUAAACCAGAACUAACCGGUAAUAUGAAAACAAGGAUAUAGAUUAAAAAAACCUUCACAUAUCAGCAGGCAAAGCAGGCUGGUAUGUUAAUGCUCUAUAGAGUCAUGUGACAGAAUAAACUUAGCCAUAGUACAAAAUGGUAAUUAGUAAUCCUACUUUUGUAGUGGUAUGGCACCACAGUGUUUGUAAGAUCUGCUCAGCGCUGAAACAAUUCUGUGCCUGUAGGAUGGACUCUUCACAUUUAACUUUUGCAAUGUUUGCAACAGUUCUCUGCUGUGCUUCUUUUACCUAUGUUACCUAUGUACUAAAAUGUAGUAGCAUUACUAGGUUUAUAAAUCUACAAGAGGAGCAGUUAUGUAUCAGAUGCAUGCGUUGUUAAUCAGCCAAACCGAAGAGCUCACAAAUUGGUAUCAUUGUUGCUUUUCCGUGGUCUGAUCAGAUCACUUUCCACAAGUAUCUUUUAAAUGUCCAAGGCAGGUGUGAGAGCCUGUUAGUUGAAUCCUCAAUUGUAAAAACAGUUGCCUUAACCUCAACACUGGUAAAUACAGUUGCCAGCACAUCUCGUUUAAUGUCCAUGAAUGGAGUUAUGGCUUCGUGCAAUAAGUGCUAUGUGUAUUGUGUGUUAAUAGAGUCAAAAAUGUUCUUUUAAUAUUAACAUACAAUUUGGUGUCCCAAAUCUUGAAUUGAGGUAGUUAGAGUACUUUUAUAAUUUGCUUUAAGCAUGAUUCUUACUGGGUUUUUUUCCUAAAAUGUUCAUAAAUUGUUUUGUAAAUGAGGCAUUAACCAAAAUGUCUCUGUAGCUUAUUUCAAAAACAUCUAAAGCAACUGGUGUUAUUUAGAUUUGAAUAGUUUUUUUUUUUUUUUAACUAAAUGUCUGUCACACAGGAAAGAACCUGUUCUUCAAACAUAGCUUCUCUAACAUUUCUCUCCCAAAGUUAUGAAGCUCUUGCACUGAUUUACAGAAAAAUGCAUAAACCAGUAAACAGGCUAUGGAUGAGUUACCCCUAUAUGGAAGACUUUUUUUUUUUUUUUAAUUUUACGUUUAUUUUAACUUUCAUGUUGCAGGGAUCUUAUGUUGAAAUGUAUUAAUGUGAUGGAAUUUUUUGUUAUAUUUAGUCUAAGCAUCAUUACAGAAAGUAAUGAAUUCUACUCAAAGGUUGGACAUUAGCCAGGCAGUAGUUUCCGUAUAAGUAGCUUGCUCGCAGAGUCUCUGUUUGGAUCUAUAGAUCGUGUUAUAUUCAGUCUCGGACAUUAGACUGUGCAUAAACACUGGAAUUCAAUUAUUAUGCUAUCUGACUUUUUUUUUUAUUCCGAGUGUAUAAUGAAAUCGGAAUGGCAGAUAUUUUUCCAUACAAAAACGAUCAUUUGGAGCUAGUAAGGCCCACAGCAGUCAUCUUGGCCGUACUGAAACUUCACUGGAGUUAAUAUUGCGCCUCUGUCAGGCCAAUUAUUUUUGGCAAAAAAAGGAGAUACUCAAGAUUUUGUUUUGAGACAGCUAAAAGUUGACCACUAGUUUGUAACUGUGACAUUUUCUUUUCAAAUACUUUUUUGAAGCAUAAAUUUGAAAAAGGUUAUAGUCUGUGAAUUCCACAUUAACUGUAGCAGCAUUCUCCUGUCUUUAAAUAUGGUAUUUACCAUUGCUUUCAGAUAAAGGUCAUGUAAAAGUA